AUGGGAGAGUACUCUAAAGCACUCGAGUACCAUGAGAAAGACCUAGAAAUCCUGAAAAAAUCUCACCCUCCAACACAUCCCAGUUUUGCUGGAAGUUACAGUUAUCUUGGUAGACUGUAUCGUUCAUUGAAAGAUUAUCCCAAGGCUUUAAACUAUUUCGAGGCAACGCUCAAAAUUGACAAAGAAGUACUACCAGAGACACAUCCAAACUUGGCAAUAACGUACAGUAACAUUGGAGACGUUUAUCGAUUGACUGGCAACACAAAAGCAGCGUUGACGUUCUUGCAAAAAGCAGUGGAAAUUCAGACAACAGUAGCAGUGGACCGUACUUCUUUGGCUUGGACAUAUAACUACUUGGGAGAAACGCAUCGUCUGAUGAAAGAGUAUUCAGUAGCGUUGGAUUUUCAUGGAGAAGCUCGACAAAUCCGUGAGGAAUGCCUCCCUGCAACGCAUCCUGAUUUGGCACAAACACAACACAAUCUGGCAAGAAUCUAUAAGGAAAUGAGACACUUUGACAAUGAUACAAUAAUCACUUCAUGUCUUAAACCAGAACAACUUGCUGGAGCGCUUAUUAGUGAACAACUGGGAACUGCUGGUAUAGAACCACCUAUUUCACCUCUUUCUGAUGUCACAUCUAGUCUUAAACCAACAACUAAUGGUGAAUUAUGCAAUCUACCUUAUAAAAUCAAUUCUUUCACUUGGGAUAUGUACUUUUGUAAUGAGGGUUAUUGUCAAACAUCAACAGACUCAACUUCAAAAUGUUCAUCAGGCCAAUUUGGGUACUUUAAUUUUCAAGCAGCAAGAAAAGUUAGUUUCACUCUGAAUACUGCCUCAGGUGGUGCAGAUGGUACCGAUGAACAAUGUCUGAUCUAUUAUUAUUAUUUAUCUAACGUAACAGGAACAGUGCAAAGCAUUACAGUACGCAAACAAGAAGUAGGAGACGUUAGUGAAACAAUCGAUAUUGUAACAAGUAGUCCAUAUAAUGGAUGGAUAAAGCGUCAAGUAUCAUUUCAUACUUCAAAUGGCGGUUGUAAAAUCUACUUUGAUUUUGAGAGAAUAUCUGGACCAAAUGGUGUUACUACUAUAAUUGCUAUUGAUGAGAUAUCAGUACUUCAAGGCAAUUGUCCUAGUGAACCAGUUACUCAAACAACGACAGAAAUUUUAGUAGGAACAACAACUUCAUUAGCAACAAUAACUGAGUCAGAUUUAACUACAAUUGGAAUAACAAGCAUAUCAACACCCAUCACUACAACUACAACUAUCACCACAACUACUACUACCUCAACCACUACAACUACUACCACAUCAUCAACUACAACUUCUACUACUUCAACAACUAUAAUUAUUAGUACCACUACUACUACCACAACAUCUACUUCUAUACAGACAGCAACGAGCACAACUUCAACAUCAUCGACUGCAAAAACCACGGCUGUUACGUUACCUACAACUACAACAUCACUUGCCACUCAUAUAAUAAUAACAACAACAGUUACAACGAAUCAACCAUCACCUACUACAAUAAUUGCCAGUUCCACAUCAAAUUCUACAGUAUCAACUACACCAUCUUCCAAAGUUUAUAUCAUAGUUUUAGCAACUGCCAUUCCUCUUGUUGCAGUUACAAUUGUUAUCCUAAUUCUAUCGAUUAAAAAGUUCAUACCAUUUAAAAAAUCAAAAGUGAAUGUGUUUGAAAUGAAUGAAGUAGUACCAGCACCCAUAUAA